CACAAGCAGCAUUUGCAAACAAAACAAACGAAAAAAGAAACAUUUCCACGAUCUCCCUAUUUCAUAACAAGAAAAUUUUGAAUUGAAAGUAGAUUUGUUCAUCACGAGUGUACACAUUACCAGUCAGAGAUUAAGAGAUGUCAGAUGAGGAGGUUAUCAAACGACGACUGCUGAUCGACGGAGAUGGCACAGGGGACGAUCGAAGAAUCAAUGUCCUCAUUAAAACGUUCACCAAAUGGUGUAACUCAACCGACACAACUGAAGAUGAUCAACCGACUUUUAAUCGAAUGUUGGGUCAACUGGCACAGUGUGAGUUCGCUGUUGUUAAGUCCGACUAUUUGUCCAAAAUGAUGAAGCAGGAGAAGAAAAAUUACGAAAAAGUAUCAGCGGAAUACGACUUGGCCAUCAUUCAGACCAAAAAACAGAUCGAAGAGAGCAAGGAGAAGUUGGUGUUGGCGAAAAAAAUUCGCAAAAAUCGAAUGGAAUACGAUGUUUUGGCGAAAAUUAUUUCCCAACAGCCGGAUAGACGAAAGACGACCGAGAAACUGGAGGUGCUGAAGAAGGACUUGAACGAAUUGGGAAAUACACGGCGCCAACUGGAGGCGAAAAUGGAAAUGCGGAAAAAUGAAUUUUCUGUGUUGAUGAGAUCCAUACAAGAAUUGCAAAAUAAAUUGGACGAUUUCAUGGAUGAAGAGGUGGAUGGAGGUGGGGUGAAAGAUGUCGAAAUGGUGGAUGUAGCCGAAUGAGUUUGUUUGAAGCGAAUGUCAAAUUUAGUUCUGUGCUACAGAAAUUGCGAUAUGGAGUGAGGAAUAAACUGAACAUUUUUUUACGAUA